CGACUCUCCUUCUCCCAGCAUGCCGUGAGACGCGAUCCAUCAGAGACCGGAUCCGCGGUGGGGCGGUUUCCUUCCGUCACUCUCGACUUCGGGGAAGACGAGGAGGAAGAAGAUGACGAGCCGGGAGAAGAAGACGGCGGCGGCGAGACGGAGAACGCGUGUCGGCGGUGGCUUCGUACCGUGUGUCCGUGCUGCUGCCGCAAGCCCGGCCGCCACGACGACGACGACAUCACCGACACCCUGGAGACCGGCAUCGACGAGCUGGACGACAACGAGGAGGAGGAGGAGGAGGAGGAGGAGGAGGGGACGGAUGUCGAGAAACCGGGGAAGGCCGACGGCGAGCUUAAUGAACUCCUCCUGAAAGUGCAAUCCAUCGACCUGAUGAAGAGCCAAUCGGGGCAGAACCGCACCGAGCACCACACACACCUUUACCAAAGUGACAACCUCGUUAUCCGCAGAGGGCAGACGUUCCUGAUGUGGAUCACUUUGUCUCGACCCUUCAGCCCCGACAGCGACAAACUGCACCUGGAGCUGAAGACAGGGCCUCUGCCGACGGUGUCGAAGGGAACCCACGUGAUCGUCCCCCUGGUGGAGGAGCCGGAGGACGGCCGCUGGGAGGCCGCCGUCGUGCGGCAGGAGGGCAGCAAGAUGAUGCUGUCGGUGAGCUCCUCCCCCGCGGCCGCCGUCGGCCGGUAUGAACUCACGGUGGAGACGAACAACGCGAGCGGCCAGACCGUCUCCGUGCGUGACCCGGCCAACGACGUCUACCUGUUGUUCAACCCCUGGUGUGAAGACGACGCAGUGUUCAUGGAUUCUGAAGUGGAGAGGCAGGAGUACGUCAUGAACGACAUCGGACGCAUGUACUACGGCACGAGGGAUCAAAUCGGAGCGCGGACGUGGAGUUACGGGCAGUUUGAUGACGGAAUCCUCGCCGCUUGUGUCUUCGUCCUGGAGAAGAGUGGAACUCCCCCGUCAGGGUGGGGCGACCCGAUUAAUGUGGUGCGAGUCAUCUCGGCCAUGAUCAACUCCCCCGAUGACCGUGGAGUCGUGGAGGGGAACUGGUCCGGAAGCUAUUUGGCCGGAACCAGUCCAACGGUCUGGAGCGGAAGUGUAGAAAUCCUGAAAGAAUACCACAAGAACCUCGGCAGCCCCGUGAAGUACGGCCAGUGCUGGGUCUUCGCUGGCGUGUUCACCACAGUUUUACGAUGUCUAGGCGUUCCCAGUCGAGCUGUGACCAACUACAGCUCCGCCCACGACACAGACGUCUCCCUGACGACGGACAUCUACCUGGACGAGAACCUGGACCCUAUAGACGAGCUCAACGGCGACUCCAUCUGGAACUUCCACGUGUGGACCGACUGCUGGAUGGCUCGGCCGGACCUGCCCCCGGGCUACGGAGGCUGGCAGGCUGUCGACGCCACGCCUCAGGAGACCAGCCAGGGAACCUUCCGCUGCGGCCCCGCCUCCCUCGCCGCCGUCCGCAGCGGUCAGGUGUUCCUCAAGCACGACGCCCCGUUUGUGUUCGCCGAGGUGAACAGCGAUAAAAUCUACUGGCAGAGGAAGAUAGACGGGACCUUCAGUCAGAUCUACAGCGAGAAGAAGCUGGUGGGCCACGCGAUCAGCACGAAGGCCGUCGGCACCGAUGAACGCAACGACAUCACGGACCUCUACAAGCACCCCGAAGGGUCGGAGCAGGAACGCAUUGCGGUGGAGACGGCGUCUCGCUACGGCUCCAAGGCGGAGGCCUACAGCUCUCCCACGGCGGAGGACGUCUCCGUGGAAGUGACCAUGGACGGCGAAGGGCCCAAAAUGGGAAGCGACGCGGGUCUGACCAUCACGUUGCGAAACAGCAGCUCGGAGCGACGGCAGCUCGUCCUGCACAGCCAGGCGGCGGUCAUGUACUACACCGGCGUCCACAAGGCCACCGUCAGGAAGGACGAGACGGAGGUGGACCUGCAGCCCAACGAAGUAAAUAUGUUGGAUUGGAUCCUGGAGUAUAAAGACUACAAGGACCAGCUGGUGGACCAGGCGGCCCUGAUGCUGACGCUGUCGGGCCGGGUCAAGGAGACCCAGCAGGUCUUCGCCACUCAGUUCAGUUUCCGCCUCAGGACCCCGGACCUCAUCUUGAAGCCAAUAGGAAAGGCAGUAGUAGGAGAAAAGAUGGCGGUCGAGAUUUCCUUCACCAACCCACUACCACAGGUGCUGAAAGCGGUGAUAUUCCACGUUGAAGGACUGGGCCUCCUAAAUGCUCGAAAGAUUCAUUAUGGAGAUAUCGGCGCUCUUGAAUCGGCGUCUCUGACCGAGCAACUCGUGCCCUCGCUGCCCGGGCCGAGGAAAUUACUGGCUUCACUGGACAGCAGGCAGCUCACUCAGGUUCACGGCGUGACCGACAUCACGGUGGAGGGGAAAAGCGACGGCGCUCUGUAGCGACGCGUUCACAUGGAACGUUUUUUAUAUUAAAAUGACCAGAGAGAGACGAGUCAUAAAACAUCGAAGGUGAAAAAGAAGCUUUUAGAAUCUGUGAAAACCAGCAUGAGCUCAAACUCGUCCCUCAAGA